AUUCGCACGCUUGGCUAUACUGAGCGAUACUGAGAAAGUUGUACGGUGUAGUACUUUGAAUGUCAGUUUGUGCAAUAGAAUUUCUGACGUGUAGUGAAAAUGAAGAUAAUUAUAAUAUUAUCAUUGCUAUUUAUUUCCGUGCAAAACGUAAAGUCUGCGUCCUUAGAGGUUGUAACAGAUGAUGAGCUUUUAAAUUUGUUUAAAAGCGAGAAAUAUGUCAUCGUUCUCUUCACCAAGAGGGACUGUGAACAGUGUGAUAAUUUUGAAAAUGAGUUGAUUCAUUUGCGAGAAGACUUAGUAGACACUCUGAAUGCUUGGGUGGUAAAAGCAGUCAGUAGUCAGCUGGUUCGACUUUACAACCCAAACAAGGAACCAGCUCUUGUUUUCUUCCGACAUGGUAUUCCACUGCUUUAUGAAGGCCCUGCCAAUGAUGAGCUUAUUCUUCACACAUUUACUGAAAACAAGGAGCCUAUCGUUCGGGAGCUCUCCGAUGACAAUUUUGAACAUCUUACUCAAGCAUCUAGUGGAGCUACAACUGGAGAUUGGUUUGUGAUGUUCUACAGUACAGACUGUGUCGAGUGCCAGAGGCUACAAGCACGUUGGGAAGCUGUGGGCGCUAAACUUCGAACCCGUCUUAAUGUUGCCCGUGUGAACAGACAGACAGUGGGAGCUGUGACUUCACGACGUUUUGGGGUCUGGGAAGUACCCACCUUCAUUUUUUUUCGCCAAGGAUACAUGUACCGUUACAACAUCCACAAGUAUGAUGUUGCAUCUUUUACCUCUUUUGUAACUGACUGGUACAAAAAUGCUCGGAAGGAAAUUGUUCCUGUCCCCAAGAGUCCAUUUGACGACUUCCUGCAGAUGAUAGUGGACUAUUUACGGGACAACCCAUGGAUAUGGAAGAUUGGGUUUGGAUCUGUAGGUUUCACAAUUUUGUCUAUCUUCAUCAUCAUUUCAAAACUGAAAGCCAAGAAGCCAACCGUAACAAAGAAAUCAAAGAAAAGCAAAUAGUUAUGUUGUUCUGACAGACAUUACAAGAUGAUUAAAAAGGAUGGAACACUGAAAUUAAACACAUUCAAUGUUAAGGUGCUGAUUGGUUGGAUAUUCUUUGUAGCACAAGUUUUUUAUCUCUUAAUUUUUCUUAUGUUCUUCCCACAGAUUUGUGAUAAGAAAAUGCCAUGUGAGUAAGGGUUUAAUUUUCUUGUAUUAACUAGUGCUCUCAUUCAUUUUGCUCUUUUGACAUACUGAUAAAAUCAAGUUUCUGUAUUAAGUGUUUUGCAGUUGUCAUUAUAUUAGAAAGAAAAAUGUGUUAGAAGCAUAAGCUCGUAAUGAAUGGACAAGUUUCGAGUUUAAGGAGUUAGAUUUCUUAAGGGGUAAAUAUUUUCACACAGACCGAUCUUACUACAGUAAGUAUACAGUAUGCAUAAAGGCUCCCACACACAGACGCGAUACGAUUCGGGACGAUAUAGCACUCUGGACAAAAACGGCUGUUUACCGACUGGGCCGCUCACACAGACGCGACACUCGGGAACUCGGGAAUCUUUGACACCCGAUAACCAUCUGGCCAUGA